CUGUGACAACACAUUUACGACAUGGUAGCUCUGUUAGUAAAGAAUUGAAUAAGUAUAGUAAACAUAUUACACAGCCAAAAUCACAAGGUGCUGCCCAAGCUGUGCUAUAUGGUACUGGUUUGGAACUUGAGGAUAUGAAUAAAGCUCAAGUUGGAAUUGCUAGUCUGAAAAAAAUCAAGGAGGGAGUCAAAGAAGCAGGUCUCAUUGGUUACAGGUUUAACACUAUUGGCGUAAGUGAUGCUAUUAGUAUGGGUACAACAGGAAUGAGAUAUUCUCUUCAAAGUAGGGAUCUUAUCGCUGAUUCUAUUGAGACGAUAAUGGGCGGUCAAUGGUAUGAUGCUAACAUUUCCGUACCUGGCUGUGAUAAAAAUAUGCCUGGGUGUUUGAUUGCGAUGGGGCGUCUUAAUCGUCCCUCUUUAAUGGUUUACGGUGGUACGAUUCGUCCUGGCCGAUCAUCAUGUGGAAAAGACAUCCUGGAUAUCAUAUCUGCUUUUCAGUCUUAUGGCUUAUAUAUUACCGGUUCUAUUUCUGAAGAAAAACGUUUUGAUAUAGUGAAACAUGCUUGCCCCGGUCCUGGUGCUUGUGGUGGAAUGUACACUGCCAAUACUAUGGCUUCUGCAAUUGAAGCAUUAGGAAUGACAUUACCCUACAGUUCAUCAAUUCCUGCAGAAUAUCCAGAAAAGUUUGAAGAAUGCUUAAAUGCCGGACUUGCAAUACGUAACCUACUAGAACAAGAUAUUAAACCACGAGAUAUUAUGACUAGAAAAGCAUUCGAAAAUGCUAUGGUUAUUACAAUGAUUUUAGGUGGUUCAACAAAUGCUGUUUUACAUUUAAUUGCUAUUGCAAAAUCUGUUGGAGUAGAUUUAAAAUUAGAUGAUUUUCAAAAAGUUAGUGAUUCUACUCCAUUUUUGGCGGAUUUAAAACCGAGGUACACACUUUUUCCUAUUACAGGAUUUUGUCUUGGUACUUGGCAAAUUCAACGUUUACGUUGGAAAGUUGGAUUAAUAGAAGAAUAUGAAGAAAGACUUUCUAAACCUCAAAUGAUUUUACCAAAAAAAAUAAAAUUAGAAGUUUUAAAUGAUUAUUUAUUUAGACGUGUUAAAACUUUUGGAAAGUUUCUUCAUGAUCAAGAGAUGUUAUUAGGACCAAGAACUUUUGAUAAUAAACAUGGAUAUUUUAUUAUCACUCCGCUAGAACGAGAAAAUGGUACCACGGUGUUAGUAAAACGUGGAUGGAUUUCUAAAGAAAAAGCUAAUCCAUCUACACGAAAAAAUAGCCAGCCUGAAGAAAUUGUUAAUAUUGAGGGACUAUUAAAAAAAUCAGAAAAGAAAAACUGGUUCACACCUAAAAAUAAUCCGGAUCGAAAUGAAUGGUUGUGGACCGAUAUAGAAACAAUGGCCGAAAGAACAGGGGCGCAGCCAGUAUUGAUUGAGCAAAGCUUAGAGGGAUCUCCUUAUUUAAUUAAUCAAAUGAUCGAAGAUGGUAUUCCAAUUGGAAAAAUUCCUAGUGUUGAAUUAAGGAACACACAUUUACAAUACGCGAUUACAUGGUACUCAUUGGCAGUCGCAACAAGUAUUAUGUUUUAUAUUCUACUGAAGAAACCGCCAGCUGGGCAUUAUAAACGUAAAGUUAUGCAAGGAUAA